GGGCGCCAGUACUUUUGAUAGCUGGCCGUGUGGCGUGCCAAUACUUCUGACAGCCGGCCAGAUAGGGUGCCAAUACAUUUUAUAGCCGAAUGUGUACGGAGGCAAUAGUUUUAGAGCUUUCUCUUUAGAGGGCCAAUACUUUCGAAACUCAAUACAAGUCUAGGGGAAAUUUUCCGACUUUGAGCUUCCGUAGCGGAAAUUCCGGCAUUCCGAUCGCUUUUAAAAGUCACGGUACACCUCUCCUCAAUAAGCCGAUCGAUUUGACACCUCACCCGUCGAUCUCCGACAAACGGUACGGGACUAGUUAUGCGCCGAAAAAAAGUGUAAUAAUAAUAAUAAUAAUAAUAAUAAUAAUAAUAAGUAUGCCGAAUAACAAUAGUAGUGCUUUUCAAGCACCACUAAUAAACAGUUCCUAUUACUAAAAUAUACCAUCAGUUCAGUAUAUCUGCCUAGUAGCCUUCAGUGGCUCCACCCGCCGAUAUUUUGCUACAGUACCAGUUUGACAGGCAUAAGACUUCUAAGAAAACGAAAGUUGAACAGUCAAGCAGUAAAUGACCUGACAAUGACGGAGCAAGGAAGGCGCCACAAUCCAAAAGACAGCACCCUGAAAUUUGUCACUCGACCGGAUGACAUUACCCUUGACGAUGAUCCAAAUACCCAGAGAUUAGAAAUGUCUUGUGGCCACGCUGUCACACCUGAAUCCCUCACAGCCUUCUGUCGCAGUCUUCUGGAUAAGGGUCAGUACAAGUUCCUGUGUCCAGCUGUAAAACAGGGAACUGAUACAUGUGCGGCUGAGUGGCCAUAUAUGGAAGUGCGGAGGAUUGCUUUACUGACUCAAGAAGAGCAGAACCACUUUGAAGAGACAAUGGCUGAACUGGCAGCAGAUAGGUACUAUGAAUACAACCCAUGCCCCAGGUGCAGUUCAUAUAUCGAGAGGCAGGAUUUGACCAACCUAUGUGUACUCUGCACCAUAUGUACAUCAGAUACUGGCGAGACAUUUGAGUUCUGCUGGCAGUGUCUGAAGACAUGGAAAGGGCCAGCACCUCGCUCAGACAAGUGUGACAACAACAACUGCAUUAAUUCAAAACUUGAGAAGCUAUUAAACUGUGAGGAUACAACCCUUCCUGAGGUUCAAGACAUAAGAUGUCCCUCACUGCGAGCUUGUCCUACAUGUGGAAACCUGGUAGAGCAUGACACAACAGGGUGUAAGAAUAUAAUAUGUAAUCGCUGCCAGAUUGAAUUCUGCUUUUCUUGUCUGAAGAUAACUGAAGAUUGUCUAGAAACAAGCUCACAUUUUGAACCUUGCUCAGGUGGUGUAGCAUCUCGGCAAACAAUCAUUCCAACCUGGAGAAAGUAGGUAAUUACGUUUUUGCCAUAAUAUAAACACCAAACAGCAAAAGAAGCUUAAUAGUUUAGUAAUAUAGGAUAAUGCAAUCUAUAUUUAUUACGAUUAAAACUAAGGCACACCUGUCUUAAUAGUUGCCCCUAAGUUAUAUUGAAAAGCUUAUUGUGUUUGUCUUUAUUGUUAUUAGUUUUAUAACAAUUUUCUUUUGUUCAAAAUGUCAAUUCAUAAAUUGUUCAUAGGGGCAUUUAUGCAAUAUAUUUGGGACUCAUGAAGAUCCUGUAAGUUUCUUGAAGGCUCUCCAUUUGUAAACAAACCUUCUCACUUAAUUUCAAAUUGUUUGGAGAUGGCCUUAUAACCCCCCAAGAUUUAUGAGCAGCAACAAUUCUUCUCUGAGGUCAUGGCUGAUGUCCUUUGUUUUAGGAAUGAUGUAAACACACAGGAGUGCUCCAGAACAUAAACUGCCAAAAGUUCUGCUAUUAUAGAGGUAGUCACAAUCUGUAAAAUUAAUUAAUCUUGUGUAUAUCAUUAGUAACUGAUGGCUACUAAUUACUCCCUUAAUAACUGUGGUAGUAGGAAGGGUGUACCUAUUUUUCCCACCUGGUUUCCGAAUGUUGGUUUACUUUUUGGUUAAAAUACUCUCUCUCUCUCUCUCUCUCUCUCUCUCUCUCUCUCUCUCUCUCUCUCUCUCUCUCUCUCGCUCUCUGUCUGAGUAUGAUAAAGAACAGUGAAAUAAUGAAUAAAACAUGCUGUAAUCAUUUACUAAAACAUGUUUAUUUGUUUAAUGAAUUAUUUCCCAGUUCAAAUUAAAUGUCAACAUGUAUCUACAGUAUGUAUUCAGCAAACAAAAUAAUAAAUUUUUUUUUUU